GUUUUAUUGUAUAAACUUUCCUUUUAAAGCUAGUGGGUAAGCUCUAUUGUACAUGCAUGUAUUUAAUUGAGUAUCCAUUUAAAUAAUCAAUAAAAUUCCCUUUCAGCAUUGUUUGUUGCAUUUACAAGCAUGACUGAACAUCACUUAGCAACAUAAAAUUAUGCAAAACAUCCUUUGUUGUGAUUUUUUUUACUUGGUUGCCGAUACAUUACAUCUACGAGCUAGAAGCAAUAUAGCGACCUAUUGGAUAGUUUUCUUUUCAGUUUCUUAAAAAGUUUGAACCACGUACUAGGCUGAACGUAUCCGAAAUAUUUAUUAAAGUUUGAGUUUGACACUUUGCUUCACUUCAAAAUGUCACUUUGAGGCGUAAUAGGUUAUGUUGUCUAUAUUUAGUAAAAAAUGUAAUUAGUAACAUAAAUUACUCGUUUAUGUGUUGUAAGAUUCAAUAUGACAACGUCGCCUACCAGGACCAAACAUAAAUUGUCUUUGCGGAAGCGUCUGUUCGUCAAAAAAUCGCCGAAAGUUGGGUGCUAUAUCGAUACUGAUUCCAAUGAUGAAUUCACACAUUCCUCUUCGCGCCCCAUCUCUCCAGCGGACCCGUUCCUAGCUCAGAGUGCACACUGUGGUGAUACAAGCGGGGAGCUGUCAGAUUCACUGAAGAAUUCCUCUGGGGAGAACUCUGGCAGCCAUGUAAUCAGGAACAGUGAUAAUCAUCACAACAGUGAUGAAAACAACCCGAAAUGCUGCAAGACUUUCUUCAGGAGAUCCCGUCCUAAAAGUUUAGUGGAAGGGCAAAAUUCUAAAGAUGAUGUAAAUUCUGCAUCAUGCAGUCCUGUCAAUAAUUCCAAUAAUAGUUUGAGUGACCAUGGUAUUUCUUGCCGACAGUCGAAGUCUGAAGAAAUAGCAAAGGCUACAAUAAAGUUUCCUAAAAAUGAUAAAUCCUUUGAGCACUCAGGAUCUUUUGAAGGUAUUAAGCCAAAGAGUAAAUUAUUUGUUAAAAGAUUGUCAGUUGAUCACUUGAUAUCUAGUGACAGCCAGCCUCUGUACCGGUCAUCAUCUCCAGAAAGUGAUAGAAGCAGUUCAUUGGAUCGUAAGAGGAGGACCAAGUCCACGAUCACAAGGUCUUCUCGUGCAGGGAGCACUGACAGUCUGGCUCGCAACUCGCUGCUUGCCGCGCAGGUGUUACGUCUCAUACCUACACAAGAAGCCCGGGAAAGAAACUAUCUGUAUGGGAGGUUGGCGUCACACUCACUGUUGGGAGCCGCUGAGUUGGAACAUGUGUUCCCAGACAGGGAGGUGAAGAUCUUUGUUGGCACUUGGAACAUGAAUGGACAGCCACCUCCAAGAGAGCUUGCAGACUUCAUAUUUCCGAAUCAAGUAAAGCAUGUACCAGAUAUAUUCGCGAUUGGAACUCAGGAGUCUUACUCAGAACGCACAGAGUGGGACAUAACUAUUCAAGAGGUUUUGGGACCAUCACAUUUACUACUACAUUCUUACUAUUUAGGGACGCUACACCUUUCAAUAUUCAUACGCAGGGAUUUAAUAUGGUUUUGUUCGCUACCCGAAGACGCUAGUUUAUCUGUGAGACCCGGGACGGCGUUUCGUACGAAAGGAGCUGUUGCCAUAUCCUUCGCACUGUUUGGCUCGACGUUUCUAUUUGUAACGGCACACUUAACUGCUCACCAGGAGAAAGUGAAAGAGAGGGUAUCAGAUAUCAAGAGAAUAAUCAGGUCUAUCGACCUGCCAAAGAAUUUACCCUGCAGGCACAGAAGUAAAGAUGUAACUAAUAAUUUCGACUACGUAUUCUGGUGCGGCGAUCUAAAUUUCAGGUUGGGUGAACCGAGAGCUGCGGUGUUGCGAUGGAUUGAACAAACUGAGUUCCCGCUGCCGCCGCACCUUCCCCACGGGCUUUUGCACGCCGACCAGCUGACAGCAGUGUUAGAAGAUGGCGCCGCCUUCCGGGACUUCAAGGAAGCGCCCAUUACUUUCCCCCCUACAUACAAGUACGACCCAGGCAGUCAACAGUUCGACACGUCUAGCAAGCAGAGGGCGCCAGCGUAUACGGACCGGAUAUUGUACAAGUCAAAAUCAAUGGCCACUGCCUCGUCUUCCGCGUUUGCUGGUCUGCGCAGGAUCAGCUCAGUACCAGUGACGUCGGGCCUCAAGUGCGUAGCGUAUAACUCGGUGCAGUCGGUGUGCACCAGCGACCAUAAGCCCGUCUGGGGGCUGUUCUCCGCCGCGCUCCGCCCCGGCACUGACGUCGUACCUUUAGCGGCAGGGCUUUUCAAUCGGGAAGUUUACCUUGAAGGUAUCAAGAGACGUCGCGCGUUGCUCGACCACGCACCAGGUACGUCGGCCGUAUGCAACAUUCAGUAAUCUCAUCGACUCGAUUAGGCCCUGGUGGCUAAUUGUGUAACUGAGUUUCUAUCUUGACAGACCUUAGGAUUCUAUCCUUUGAUUGCAUUGAUACAUAAGUACCGUAGAUUGACCAUGAGCGCUCACAAAGUGGGACGAAAAGUUAUAGCAGAAAUAGCGAUGCGUGUUCUAAUUGUCCAAUUGUUUAUCUGGCAUUCCGUGGUUGUAGUACGGGAUUAGGCAACGAACAGCAACAUGUAGAUUUCUAUAACCCGACCACGUUACGAAUCACCACGCGUUAUAGAUGCUAAGACGACAACCGCACUUACGUAAUUUUUGAAGAUUUUAUUGAAUCUAUAUACCGCUGCAUCAUCAUCAUCAUCAGCCCAUUAACGUCCCCACUGCUGGGGCACAAGCCUUCCCUGGAUGGAUAGGGAGAUCGGGCCUUAAACAAUCACGCGGGUCCAGUGCGGAUUGAUGGUUAUUAACGACUGCUAAUGCAGCCGGGACCAACGGCUUAACGUGCCUUCCGAAGCACGGAAAAGCUUGAGCUGAAAACUUUUUGUUUGUGGUCACCCAUCCUAUGACCGGCCUUUGCGAAAUUUGCUUAACUUAAACAAUCGCAGACCGAGCGCGUUUACCGCUGCGCCACCGAGCUCCUCCGCUACCGCUGCAUAUGAAUGUGUUAAGUUAGCGUCAAGUUUUCGUCGUAUUUUUGUAUGACGCGGUUUAUCUACGGUACUUGAACAUGAAUGUGUGAUUGGCUAAAGUCAACAAAUGGCCAGAAGUUGAUUGUUCCAAGGAAUCGAAAUCGUAGGUAUUUUAAUUGUGAUAGAAACCGGAGUUACAUAAUUAAGCCUCUGCUGUGAAACGCAAUGAGGGAUUUUCUUUUUAUUUUUUUUUCCUAGCUGCUUGAUAGAUGGCGCUGAACUUGAUAGGUUACUGCAACGAACGAAAUGUUAAUUAUUUCUGUUCUUCGAUUAAUUUUGAAAACAUAAAACAAUACCCCCUCCGGGGGUAUGCUCCAUACCCCCUCCGGUUGAUUGAGGGGAGGCCUGUGCCCAGCAGUGGGACGUAUAUAGGCAGUUUAUGUUUAAAACAAAACGUAUAUAUGUCACAAUAAAUAUGUUCUGAAAAUAAAGAAAUAGCAUAAAAAAGAAAUCAAUCUCUUAUUAGUUCAUGGCAUCUUAACAAUGGCCCAGUAACGUAGUUGGUUAAGCGCCAUCCAACGAGUUGUUGAGAACUAUUUUUAGAAUUAUUUUUAUUUUUUAAUUCUAAAAAGAAAAUCUCCCAUUAAGCCACUUGUUGAAUAACUGUUGGAUAGCCUACCUGUCGAAAAAGUGUCAGCCAAAUAAGUUCGCGAUAGGCCAUCAGAUAGUUAGCUAGUGGCAAAAAAUUGUUUCUGUUUUAUACCACUGCUACCCGGAUUCCAUCACUUACAGUAAACGCAUUUAAUACGUAUUUAGUGCUUUGCAAUUUUGUAGUAUUUGAUACUCAUAUUACUCAUAAUUAGUUUCUGCUUAUGAAUCAUAAUUCAUUAAAUAUUGUUUCAGUAUACAGACCUUGGGGGUUAAAGUGGCUACAUCGAAGCAAUUCACCUAAGAAAAUAAUAUUGCAAUUUGACAUUUGCGCAUAUAAAAGUAAGUGCGCAAUGCAAACAAAUGUCAAAUAGCAAUAUUUUUUUUAGAUGAAUUGCUUCGAUGUGGCCAUUUUAACCACCCUUUUAUAAUUUUGGUUUGUAUUGAUAAUUUAUUUUAAAUUCUGACUAUGGUUCUCUGAAUUAAAUAAAUAUGUAUAUUUGAUAAGUACCUACCGGUAUUAAAGGUAUUUAACCGAUCUUGUUCGAAUAACAAGAGAAUUUUUUAUCAGGUUAUGUAUAAAAAUUGGGAAUUCAUUUAAUAUUAUUUACGUAACUAUAUUUAAAUUGUUAUAUUUGAAUCCGGGUAGUACAGACCUAAAUGUACUAAAUUAAUUAAGUAGGUACAAACUUCAUAUAAUAUAAAAGUUUGAGGAUAUCAAUAUUACGUUGUGUAGAUCAAUUUUUAUGUUGGAAAUGAUAUUGUUAUUUAUGUUUUUAUUUAUUUUGAUUUUAUAAUAGAGAAUGAUUGUAUUUUAUUUUUUAUAGCGCGUUCUGGCUUUAUUUUUUUGAUUGUUUUAAUUACGAAAUAUAGUAGCCCCUGCAUCAUGCUGCGCGCAUAUCGUGCGCGAUGCGAUAAAUUAAUCAACUCAAAGAAACCUAUUGGCUCAUUUAUCGCACCGCGCGCGAUAUAUGUGCCACAUGCUACGGGUGCAGAUGUGUUCUAUAGAUAUGUCUCUUAGUAGAAGUAGACUAUAUCGUUCGUUUGUUCGGGUGUAAUUUAUUUUCAUAAUACUAAAAGUAUUUCGGUACCAAAGGAACCUUACAUAUUUUUUAUUGUUUUACAAUUUACACGUCAUUUUUAUUAGUUUUUACAUUAUGGUCCUAAGUAGAAUAAGCGGUGAGAUGUUCAACGGAGCUGUUCAAUCAAAAGACAUAAAUAUCACCACUGAAGUUAUUUUAAUGCAGUCAUUUUGUAUGAAACCCACAUAACAAAUAAUGCAAAAGUGGCUUUAUAAUUAUGAAUAAAAUAGGCAAAUAAAUUGAUUGCUGUACGGCCAACUAUUGCGCUGUAAGAGCGAGAUAGACUGACGAUUCCAUAAGGCCAGUCGCGCUUUGGUCACGUUUUUGUACGCAAAUCGUACGUACAGUCAUGAGCAAUAUAAUGUACCCACUUUAGGACUCUGUCGCACUAACAUAUUUGACAUUUAGUGAGACUUACAGUUCAAUUUGUCAAAAAAAUUAAUGUGACAUGGCACCAAAGUGUAUACUCGGUAUCAUUAUAUAUACAGGGUGGCCCAGAAGUUCACGUUCAAAAUGAAAAAUUGGAUAGAAGGGCUCAUUAACUACCAGAAAUACCCCUAUGUAUGUUCAGCGAUUAUUUACAGUUUAGGAGAUAUGACCCAUUUUGUACUUUUUCUAGAUUUUCUACCUUACUUCAAAAAUAAUCAUUUUGUCGCUAUCCCUUUCUUAAUAAUUCUUUUAUUUUACUUCUGGGCCACCCUGUAUAUCACUAUAAGUGUAUACUGUUAAUGCUCGUGACCGUACGUGCGAAUGUUUAUCUACGAAGACCACCUUGCACAGUGCGAGCUUCCAUAGUAGCUCAAGCACGUCAUACGUUUACGCGCCAUGCAAAUUCGUAUCAAAACAAGACAAAAGUGCGACCGACCUUUAAGUAUCGUAUGCUUGCGCCAUUACCACGUGUCGUGCGUUACGGUUUGUGGGUUUCAUGUUUUAACUUAUUUAAUAGGUAAAUCGCUCAUUUUGUUGAAAAAGAGGAAAUCUAGUCAAGUGUUUAAACGCAGUAUUCCUAUUGGUUGAAAAUAAAUAGUAUUUGUGUUAAAUUAUAUAAGUGGUUUAUUUAAGUAAAUAUUAUAUGUAUUUGUGUGGUGCAAUAUGUAACUUAAAAAUUUUAUUCUGUGCAAUUAUAUUCAUUCUAUGUGUGGUGUUUUUUAAAACGGGAUUUACGUCACAGGUGCAAGGCACAGACAGCAAAUACCACUGAUAUUAGAAAAAUACUCUAAUAUAAAAAUGUUCAACAUUGGUAAGAUAUAUCAAAAUCAUGUUUAACGCCUUUAUUCUAAGAUGUUAACUACAACCUUCCUCGACACCGCUUUCAAUUGAGGCAAGGUCUUCCUCGAACUUAGCUCGAGUUUACUCCAGUAAGAAAUGACGUCAUUAUUUUCGUCAUUAUGUUGGCAGUAUGAUAAGCUCGACUCCAGUGAGUAGUCCUCAAGUCGAGGGCGUAAAUGUCAACUUGAAAUAUCAAAAUGCUCGGCUGAGGCCGAGUCGAGUGGAGGGAGAGUCGAGUUGACAUCUUAGAAUAUGGGUGUUAGUCUAUGAAAUGCUAUUUAAUGUAUUUGUAUCUUUUCUCUACCGUAAUCCUAAGAUGGGUGACGUAAGUUCUGUAACAGUUAUUAUUACAUUACUGCAGUGGCGGCCCUAGGGCGGUGCGAGGUAUGCCACCGCACUGGGCCCCCAAAUAUGGGGGGCGCCAAAAUCAACCAAGACUGGUUCACUCUGGCCGCAAACUAACUUCAUCGGGUUAGAUUACCAAGUGCCCAUAAACAAUUUUUUUUAUUUUAAGGGGCUGAGGGGUGCCACUUUGAUGUCUCGCACUACCAAAAUGCUUUGCUAGGGCCGCCACUGCAUUACUGCUCGUUUAGAUUAAAUUUAGUUCUUCAGAACUAAAACUCUGCAACAAGUAUUAUUAACCAAAAAGUUAGUAUUGUAGACGGGAGUAUCCCUAUAGACUCAAGAGCUUUAUACUAUAGAAUAUUAUAGUAUACAAAUGUGAAGUUUUUAAAACAGUACUUAAUAUAUUUCCUGCCUUAUAUUACUGUGUUAACAAACCGUCUUAUGAAAUGUUGUAAACGUUUCAAAUUAUUAGGUGCUGUGAUUAACUCGUUCUAGUCUGAUAUCCAUUCCAAAUAUAGAAAAGCAACCAUUUGGAAAUUCGGCGAGGUUAUUGGUGUGAUAUCGAAACGUACAGUUUGGUGAAAGACAGUGUAAAAUAAUUAAGGGCGCCAUUUUUGUUCUUAAAUGGUAACACUGGUAGGACGUCCAUUAUGACCAAGCUUAAAUAAAUAUUGCUAGAGCUAAAAAAUGCCUAGUUCCUAUGUCCACCAUUCCCCAAACUGUAACUUUGUCAUUCGAAUUCGGUGUCAAGUAAAUAUGACAAGGUUACAAAUAAUAACUCGAAUUUUGUGGGCGAUAAAAUAAUCCAUCUUAGAUUCUAAAUUAUUUGUAUCUACAAGAAAAGAUAGAUUUCAACAUUCACAUCCUGUGAUAUCUAUGAACUUGUCUGUUGUUUUAGUUAGGCCAUGUAUCCACUAGGCUAAGCAACAGUUAACGUGCACGAUUUGACGGUUGACAAGUUCGCGUCAGAGAUGUUCCGCGGCGUACUUUUUUUUGUAACGUAACUUAUUGUAGGUUUGCCUCACUCAGACGCUAUUACUUAUUCGGACAAAUGGGGGUAAGGGCUCUAACCGGGUACACAAUUAUAGAUAACAGACCUAAGGGUGUCCUGUCGUGCGCCAACAUCGGCUUAGGAUGUCCUCUGAAGGAAUUACAUUUGGAAUAAUUAAUCGACCCUAGCGGGCCGGUUGCCCAGCAGUGGGAUCGAAUAGGCUAGAUAAGGUGGGCCGGUACCGGUAGCGAUAAACGCUGAACAAAAUUAAUCAUCGACCACCGAUGGUCGCUUACCUAGCCUAUUCGAUCCCAAUUCUGGGCAACCGGUAUGCUACGGUCGAUUAAGGUCGAGGUCCUGAAGUGAUUGUUGUCGCGAGCUGAUUGGCCACCUCUAUGGCUAGAGUAUUACGUCCGUUACAACAUGUACCCAGUGUGGUAUCAUACCAUAUUGGCUAUAUUAUUAUGUUGCAGGCCAAUGCAGGUCAGCGGAUACAGCGCUUGAAAUAUUACUCACUGAAUAUUUGUGUCAAGCGUACUUUAACCAUAAUACCUUUGACAUUAAUUAAAUUAACAUGUAUUGGAGACUUGGCGUGAUCAGGAAAGACAUCUUUCAAUGUGUUUGGUGUCGGCAAUUCGGCAUCAAUUGUUUAUCGAGGGUAGCGAUUGGUUGACACACGACAUUGUGGAAAGGAUAAAUGCGAUUUGAGCUUGAUGAUUUAUUCUGCAAGAGAAUUUGGACUUUAGUCCGUAUUGAAAUAAUAUCUGUUCAUGAUGAAAAA